AUGCCUUCCAACAACUGUGUGAUUGGUUCUCAGGGUGGGACCAUCGCAAUCUCUGUCGCAAACGAGAGACAGAAGUACAUCGCUGGGGUGAUAUUUAUCGCACCCCUGGUCAUAUUGAAUCCUGAGUCAGCAACGCCAGCAAGGAUGUGUUGUGCCAAAAUGCUGUACUGCUUGAUGCCAAAUCUAAUCUUGGGAUAUGUGGACCCUCGUUGGCUUUCAAGAUCACAGAAAGAGGUAAAGAGCUUCAAAAAUGAUCCUCUCAACUACCACGGACCGUAUAGGGUGAGAUUCACCAUUCAGGUGUUACAAGCGGUUGCCAAACUUGAGAAAGAUUUGCCUACCGUCACUUGGCCAAUGUUGAUUUUACAUGGUGAGAUGGAUAAACUUUGUGAUAUCAGGGGCUCCUUCCUCCUGUACAAGGUGGCAGCCAGCUCGGACAAGACUAUGAAGGUCUUCAGUAAAUGUUUCCACCAGCUGCAUCGAGAGGUGCCAAAUGUUACUGUAGAAGUCUUUACGUUGAUUGGGAAAUGGAUCGCCGACAGGUUGCCUCCAGUAGAAUAA